CUGAAAUGAAGAGGCUGAGACAUUUUUACUUUGUUUUAAUCCUGGAGAGUGUUCUUAUGAUAUUUUAUGUCAACAGAUACUGGACGCACAGAAGUGAGGCAGAAGAAUUUUUCAGACCUCCACUUAACACCUCUUUGCUCAAACCAGAACAUGAUUAUUCUAAACCACAGUCAAAAACUGUCAGUAGCAGCUACACUGGAUCAAACUACUACAACCUGAUCUGGAAUGGAUUUGCAAACUUCAAUAAGGAGACAGGAGAUGAAGAGGAUGAUCUGCUUGAUGGUCCUGACCUGGAGAACAGAAGACGUAACUGGAAGUUCCACUCAAGCCCGAUUCCUCUGGAGCUCAAACACAGACAGUACGCCCGAAAGAAGCUCAUUCAUGACCUGUGUGACAGUAACAGCACCUUAGGCUUCAAUGGGAAAUGGCAGACAAUUGAUGACAUUCCUAACAGGGAACUAGCGAACCUGCUUGUAGACGACCGACACGGAAUAAUCUAUUGCUACGUCCCAAAAGUUGCAUGCACCGAGUGGAAGCGGGUCAUGAUUGUUCUGAGCGAGAGCCUUAAGGUGAACGGCGUGCCUUACAGAGACCUUUCAGAUAUUCCCGUGGAACUGAUUCAUGGAAACAGCACCCAGUACCUUAACAGGUACAACAGGACGGUGAUGAAACACAAACUUCAACAAUACAAGAAGUUCAUGUUUGUCAGAGAACCUUUUGUCAGACUGAUUUCAGCCUACAGAGACAAGUUUCAAACAGAAAAUCAGCCAUUUUACAAGCGCUAUGCCGUCCCUAUACUGAAGAGAUUCGGCAAAAUCCCUAAUCCACCAGCAUCUGCAAAGGAAGCACGCACUGCUGGUAUUGCACCAUCUUUCUCCAACUUCAUUCAGUAUAUCCUGAGCCUACCAGCAGAGAAAUAUGAACUGCUGGAUGAGCACUGGAGACAGAUGACUCAUCUGUGCCAUCCAUGCCAGAUCCAUUAUGACUUCAUAGGGAAGAUGGAGACCAUGGAAGAAGACGCAGCUCACCUGCUACGAAUGCUCCGUGUUGAUAACAUUGUCCAGUUCCCAAAAAGUAAAAGCAGCAGAACAGAUGAAAACUGGGUAAAAAACUGGUUUCCUUACAUCCCUAUUAAAUGGAGAAGGAAACUGUUCAAACUGUUUGAGAUAGACUACAAAUUAUUUGGAUAUCAAGUUCCUGAAUAUCUUCUACAUCCAUAAAACAUUUGCCCACUUUAACUGUUAGUGUAUUGUUAGUGAUGGCAAUCAGAUGUGAGUGACCAUCCAGUUUUAUUUAAAGAACAGGGAUCUAUCAC